GAAGAAGUCCAAGUCAUUCCAUAAAAUAAUAUUUAGAACAGUAACUCAUUUGGACGAUUUCCAAGAUAAAAGUAGAAUGAAAAUGACCAUGGCUACCAAAUCCGAACCCCAAAGCCCCACAAGAAUUUUAAAAGAGGGGAGCUGUAUCUGCGGGCAGAGGGAGCAUCGCAGACGGAGGGACAGCGAUACAGCCAUUCAUGUUGCCAAGUUGGUUAUGAUCAUCAUUCAAAUAUACCAACACAUUGAAUUCUCGUAUUUAUAAUCCUGCCUGAAUUGGCGUUUGGGUGUGCAUAUCUGCAACGUUUUUCAUUAGGUUUAUGGUUUUCGGAAGAGGAUUUGGCCUAAAAUAGGCUUGUGUUUGUAGUUUGGUCUUGGGUGUAUGCAACAGGGUUUUGAGGGAUUGGGUUCUGUGAAUUGGAAGCACAGCGUGUUGUUUUUUACAGCAUUGUGCAAAGUAGAGUUUGUGUGUUGGAGUUGAAAAUGAUGAGAGGAGGCAGAAGCGACAAGGUUAAGAAGAUAUUUCUCCAAUUUGAUGGCAAUAAGGAUGGCAGGCUUAACAGGGAGGAGAUGGCAGCCCUGGUGAUUGCAGUGAAUCCCAGGGUGAAAUUCAGCGAUGAGCAGAUCGGUGCCAUAUUGGAUGAGGUUUUCAGGACAUAUGGGGAAUUUAUCGAUGGGGAAAAGGGCUUGACCUUUGAGGGUCUGUUGAGGACGUACGAUGAUGGGGCAGGAGAUGUGGACAGGGAUUUCGAUGCAUUGGGAUUGGACCUGGACGCUCCAGAAGAAAGCAUUGAAGACAGCACCGAUGUUGUCACUAGUAAUACCAGCGUUUCCAAGUCUGGAGGAGUAUUAGUCGGCACUUCUUCAACAUCUAUUGUGGACGAGAGGGCUGAUGGUGUUUCUAGGAGGAAACAACAAGUUGUGGCAGCUUGGGCUACUUCCCCUAACCACGGUAUCGUCUAUGAUGAGACAUGGAAGACUGUUGAGGAUUUGGAAAUUCUGAUAAAGAGGCUCAAGACCAAGUAUGAUAGCAGGAUGAAGCAGAAGGAGGGGAAGAAGGGCAAGGGUGGGGAUAUUAGUAAUACCAUGGGCGGAGGGGAUGGGUUUUCUGACCCUGGCUGGUCAAGGGAGUUGAGUUCAGAAAAUGGGUGUAAGGAUGCCGAAGGAGGCAGGAGGGCUUGGGAAGAGUUGGGUCCUGAUUACAAUGCUUUUGUAAAGGAUUUGCGUGAGUUGAGAAAAAAGGCAGACAAUUCCAGGACCCAGGAGGAGGCUUUUGAUUCUCAUAUGGCAAUAGGGAGGACUCUGUUUGAUCACCAAUUGUUUAAGGAAGGAUUGGUAAGUUUCAAAAGGGCUACUGAGCUGAAACCUUCUGAUGUUCGCCCCCAUUUUAGGACAGGCAAUACAUUUUAUGCAUUAGGAAGGUAUUCAGAUGCAAAGGAGUCCUAUAUAUUGGCUCUUGAAGCCGCAGAGGCCAGUGGUAGUCAAUGGUCUUACUUGCUGCCGCAGAUCCAUGUGAACCUGGGCAUUUCUUUAGAAAGUGAGGGAAUGCUUUUGAGUGCUUGUGAGCAUUACAGGGAGGCUGCAAUUCUCUGCCCGACUCAUUACAGGGCUUUAAAGCAUUUGGGAAGUGCACUAUUUGGUGUAGGUGAGUAUAGAGCUGCAGAGAAGGCUCUGGAAGAGGCUAUAUACUUGAGGACCGACUAUGCAGAUGCACAUUGUGACCUUGGAUCGGUGUUGCAUGCUAUGGGGGAAGAUGAGAGAGCCAUACAAGAGUUUCAGAAAGCCAUAGACCUUAAGCCUGAUCAUAUGGACGCCUUGUAUAAUUUGGGAGGGUUGUUUAGAGAUGUGGGCAGGUAUCAAAGAGCUGCAGAAAUGUACAGCAAAGUGCUUAAUAUCUGGCCUAAUCACUGGCGUGCUCAGCUUAACAAAGCAGUAUCAUUGUUAGGAGCCGGAGAAACUGAGGAAGCUAAGAAAGCCUUGAAAGAGGCUUUCAAGAUGACAAACAGAGUGGAAUUGUAUGAUGCUAUUGCACAUUUGAAGCAGCUACAGAAGAGGCCUAAAGGGUUAAAUACUAUUAUCCAAAGAGCAGACCAGCGUGGAGGUUCUGAUACACAUGCUCAGAUGGGAUUGAGUGGGACAAGUUCUGAAGAAGGAGUAUUAGUUGUGGAGUCAAACAGGUUCAGAAGAGCAAAUGAGAAAACCACACCCAGGCAAUACUUGGCAUAUGCUUUAGAUAUCAGAGCCUUCCAGAGGCUUACUAGAUUGAACCGCUGUGAUGUAAAUCUUCUGAAAAAGGAAUUAACCGAAACAAGGGUGACUGUCUCUCAAUCUGGGACUGGUGUACCAGAGAAAAAUAUUCGGAAGGCAGAACUAGAAAAGAUAUUAAAAAAAUUGCUCCACUUUCUUAAGCCAGAGACAUUCCAAGGAGCUGUCAAAGCAGUGAAUGAAAGAGUGUUAACAAUAUUGGAUGGAAAUGGGUCUGGAAGAGUGGAUUUAGGGUUGUUUUUUGCUCUACUUGCACCCAUCUGUUCAGGUUCUCCAGAUAAGAGAAAACGAUAUGCUUUUGAUGCUCUGCUGUGGCGUUCAGCAAAGGGCAUUGGUGCACAGAUUGGAAAGGCAGAUGCAUCGAACUAUAUUAGGUUGUUGAGGGCAGUAUACCUUCCUUUACAAGGAGUUAGUGAUAUGAUGGAACUUCAUGGAGAGGAUGACAUGGCAAGCAUUUCAUUUCCAGAGUUCCUAGAGAUGUUUGAAGAUCCAGACUGGGGUUUUGGCAUCAUGAACACUCUAGUAAAGCUUGAGGGAGGGGACAGGGUGCGUCAUGGGCGAUCAUCUUGUGCGGUUUGCUCGUAUCCAAUAAUUGGACCAAGAUUCAAAGAGCUAACUUCACGAUUCAGCUUAUGUUCUAUUUGCUACAGUGAAGGGAAGGUGCCAGUGUCAUGCAAACAAGAAGAAUAUAAUUUUAAAGAGUACGGAAGUGAAACAGAGGCCAUGAAAGAUAAGCUCAAGCUAUUUGGUUGAUAACCAUAAAUACUUCUCUCUCUUGCACAAAGCCGUGGAACUCAAAUCGUGGAUGACAAUUUUGAGGCAGCUGGUUCAUAUGAAACAUGUUAGCUCCUUUUUACUUCUUUUCGAGCAAAAGCUGCCAAAAUCAGUUUGUGGUGUUCUUGGAGGCAUUUUUAUCACAAUCAAAUAGAGGUGUGGGCAGUUCUUUUGUUCUUGUGUGAAGAAGUGGGUUUAUUGUAAGUAUUCAAUUAGUAUUCAAUUCUUUGGUUUUUGUCUAAUGUGUAAAUUCUUUGGUCAGUAGGUACUUGAAAUAAUGUCUUUAUAUCUGGCAUUGUUUCGUCCAUUUAAGUGCUUUAUGUAGGAUCGAAAUGCUUGUUACCUAACAAAAUAGGAAGCCUGGCAGUUUGCUACUCCAUUUUCUACAAAAUUUCAUAUGCUUUUUAUCUUC